AUGACGGAGGAUCCAGAGGGACUACCGGCAAAAUCGGUUUUGUGCGGCUGGGGCGGCCACACCUCUCCCGAUCCCUUCUUCGCCCGUUUUUACCACACAGCGACAGGCACAGACUCUGCGGAGAGAGGCCAGACGGUCGGCGCUGCCUCCUCUACCAUCACCUACUACUACAAUUGCUACCACCCACCCGGCGACUGGCGAGAAGACACAACCAACCACGGGGCCGGCGGCGACGGUUUGCUGCGGCGCUGCUGCGAUGCGAGGUGAGAAGGUCUUCAAAGGCCUAACCCGGUUACCUCCUUUUUCCGUCGCACCACCCACAUCACACACACAGACAGACUGAUCCUCUUUAUUUAUGUAUACUUUUAUUUUGUUGUUUCGUCGGUUACUUUUACUCGCUGAUUAAUUGAUUGAUUGGGGAGGUCAAAGGGCUGAGGUCAGACCAAGCGUCCAGCUUUGGAGCUUGAGGUGGUCCUAAGAAUCCUCUAUGUUUUGUUCUUUCGUCGUUUACUUUUACUCACUGAUUAAUUGAUUGAUAGUGGAGGUUGAGCCUGACGUCAAAGGGCUGAGGUCAGAUCAAAUUUUCAACUAGAGCUUGACACCUGAGGUAACCUUGGAGAUCCUCUGGCUGGCAUUAAGAAUCUUCAUUUUUUAUUAUUUCGUCGUUUACUUUUACUCGAAUCACUGAUUAAUUUAUUGAUAGUGGAGGUUGAACCUGAGGCCAAAGGGCUGAGGUCAGACCAAGCGUCCAACUGGAGCUUGAGACCUGAGGUGGUCCUAAGAAUUCUCUAUCUCUUAUUCUUUUGUCGUUUACUUUGUCUCGAGUCACUGAUUAAUUGAUUGAUUGUGAAGCUUGAGGCUGAGCUCAAAGGACUGAGGUCAGAUCAAAUGUCCAACUAGAGCUUGACUCUUAAGAUAACCUCGGAGGGCCUCUAGAUAGCUUUAAGAAUGUUCAGUUUUGUUCUUUCGUCAUUUACUUUUACUGAUUUAUUGAUUGGGAGCUUGAGCCUGAGGUCAGACCGAGAGCCUCAGUGGAGCUUGAAACCUGAGGCUGAAGCUCAGAUAAUCUUCUUUAUCAAUGUAUAUUUUUAUCUUGUUGUUUGUUAGGUCAUUGAUUAAUUGAUUGGUACUGGAGGUUUGGGUCAGACCUAGACUAUCAAAGAAGCUUGAAGAUUGAGGCUCGAGGCUCGAAAACCCUCAUUGUUCAUGUAUGUCCAUAGUAGUGGAGUUUUAAGAUGAGGCUGAGGUCAGAUCUCAAGUCAACAGUGCUAUUGGAGCUUGAAGUGCUGAAUUUCAGCCAUCUGGAACUUUAAGUCUGAAGACUUUUAAAGCAGAGGUCCUCCUAGAGUUCGAGGUUGAGGUUUCAGGACAAUCCUCAGCAUUCGAAAGCUUGAUUGGGGUUGAAAAUCAGCCUUAUUGAGCUUUUUUAUUUUCUAUUUUUGAGAGCCUAGCUGCUAGGAGGAGCCGAAAUGCAGGUUGAACUUUAGUAAAAGCGGGAAAAUAUGAAAUUUUGAAAAUUAGUUUCUUUUUAUCGAUUUAUCUUGAUCAAGCAUCUCUGAAAGCUUUUUUUCUCCAUUGUUGGUUCCUUAUCUCAAUUUCUUAGAAUGUGGUCUGAAGCUUUUUACAUCGAAUGAAAAAUUAUUAUCUUAAGGACUAGCUAAAUUUUGCAACUUUUGAAGUAAGGCUGUUUGAAGACCCAAGUUUCAUCGAUUUGAAAAAUAAUUUCAAUCAUAACUUGAAAAAUAAAACACCCCCCUCAAGCCUCAAGUUCCAGUCUAAAUUUGGACAAAUCCUAACCUUUCCGCUCUCUGAGAAAUAUGUGACUUUGGCUUUUUUUUUUUUUCUUGAUUACAGCUUUGACCUCCGGAAUCUGGAAAAAAAAAUUGACUUCAAAAGUAAAUUGUCCACUCAAUUCAAAGUCCUCUUCUAUUUCCAUCAACUUUAUUCAUUAUUUCUUCUUUUUUCUGUUUUUCUGACGCUAACUUUCAAGUUUCACGCGAUUAUUCUUUAUUUGAACUCUUUCUGGAACCCUCAAAUUUUUUUCUAGCUUAAAAGUGACCCGAAAGGGAUUUCAAAGAGCUUUAUUUGGUUUUCUUCGAAUUUGAAAUGGUCAUUUUUCCUUAAAAUUCUAAAAAAAAAAGCUUAUAAGAAGCCUUCAAAGAAGUUCAAACCAUUUUUCCAGCGAUUUUUCGGCUUUUCCUACAUCCUUCAAACAAAAAUCUACCUUUUCUCAACAGUAAAGCUUACUUACCAACCACCGAGGCAACAAGCCAAUAAAUCUCAUAAAAAAGAAAGCUUCACCUACAGUAAUCGCCCCGUCGGGAUGAUGUCACUUUCGGCCAACCAACGAACCCAAAAUAUUUUCCCGACGGCCCGAAAUCCGGAUGAAUCGUCUCCCUGCCUGAAAAUGCUGUAA